AUGUCACGUCGAUCGAUUCAUAACAGUACUUCUUCCAUUAAACAAAGGCAGUUAUCACAUUUGAAUGCACAACUGGCACAAUUACAAGCAAACCUUACCGAUUUGGACAACUUGAUAAAGAUUACUGCAAUUCAAGCGGAGUACAUUGAGAAGAUUGGGUUAAUGCAUGGAUCUUUGUUCAUGGCCAGCCAUGAUGUGUUUGAACGAGAGAGUUUUGCAGCAGCAAACUUUGCAGAGACUGUUCAAGAUCAAAAUGAGGAACAAGAGUUGGACAGUAAGGGUGGUUGA